CGAGUACUUUACUGCAAGUGAAGGUGAAACGUUUGAGGUGCCUGAGCGCAGACUUCAACAAGCUUCUGAUGAAAAAUACAUUUAUCAAAGAGAAGACGCAAAAAUGGAAGUGUCUGGGCGCAGACCCUCUAGGACAGAAGAUAUACGCUUGUUGCUUGUCGGUAAAACUGGGCAUGGAAAGAGUGCAACUGCCAACUCCAUUCUAGGACUGCAAAAUGGACAAGAUGGAAGCUUCGUAGAGGAAAUGAGUUCCAUGUCAGUAACGGAAGUUGUUACACGAAAGAAAGGGUUACGUUUUGGAAGAGAAAUUGAAGUUGUAGAUAGUCCCGGCUUUUGUGACACAAAACUUACAGAAAAUAAAAUCAGAGAAGGAGUCCUUAAAGCCAUAAGUUUAACAUUGCCUGGAUUCUCAGCAGUUGGUUUUGUGUUGAAGCCAGAACGUUUUUCUGAUGAACUAGUUAAGGCCGUUGAACUUUUUAUCAAAUUCUUUGGACCCAAUGUCAAGAAUUUUCUCUUUAUCAUUCUUACACACACGCAGGAAGAAGAAACUGCAGAAAAGUACUUAACUGAUUGUCAUGAAUCACUCGAAAAAUUGAAAAGUCUUUGCACAGGAGGGAAAAUUGUUAUUAUUGACAAUGACUGUAAAGAAAAGGGUAAGAAAGAUCAACAGGUACAAAGCAUUAUAGAUGCGAUAGAUAGCAUCAAACGGAGGAAUGGAGAUACUUUCUUUUCAAACGAAUCUAUUGAGGAAGCAACAAGAUAUGCAUUGAAUUACAUCCCGAUACAGGCCGUAGAGAAAACUGAUGCAACAUCCGAUGACGAACUUGUAACAAAACGGCUGGAAAAGUUCAAAGAAAAGAUCGAAAAUGAUACAGACGGAGUCUUUACCGAUUUCCUAAAUUACAUUCGUGUUAAUAAAACAUCGCUGCUCGGAACUGGACUUGCCGUGUCUAUUGGCUUAAUGAAAGUUACUCAAUGCAGCCUUAUGUAACCUUCUCAAACAUUCGCAAGGACAAAGUUUCAACCCAAUAUAUUACAUUUGUGACCUGUAGAACUUGGAUAAAAUUUAUGCUAGGCCGGCUUCUUUAUGUGAAAUAAAUUUGUGUGUGGGUCAGUCAAAUAUUUGCUAUGUCAAACUUACCAUAGUUUAUCGACAUCUUAGGCCUUAGAACCCGAUGCGGUUAAGCAGGAAAAACUGGAUUUAUGACACUUAAAAAAGAACAGAACAUUUCAAAAGUUUAUAAGUAGUUAAUAUAAACAAGGACGACGAUUGUCUUCAUUUUGUUAUGUUAUCAUGUAAUUUAACAUUUCAAGUCAAUGGUUUUUAUUUUCGAAUUGCUUUGAGUUGAAAUUUUUUAAUUGGGAUUUUCAAUAAUUAUUUUCCCUAUGAUAUCAGUACUGUUAUUUAUUACUAUAUUUUUUUGGAUCACAUUACAUCGGAUAUAAUAUUCCUAUUCGGACGUAAACAAUGACAUUUUCACAGGAACGCUGAGCGUUUUACCCGUUUUUUCAAAAAUACCUUUUAUAAGUUCACUGACCAUUUCGAUAAGUGUGAAUAAUUGAGAAUUAAACUAUGUUUAAAACAUAUAUUGACCAAAUUUGUAAACAAACUUUACGUUUUAAUUAACGUUUUAUGUAAAAGAAGGAAACGAGGGCAUGAAAAUAUGUAAUUUCUUUAAAAAGUAACGAGGGCCAAACCUCAUACAGCACAUUUCUACU